CUGUCAUUGAGCAGCUGAUCUAGUUGCGUCAACCAUGCGCCGUGCUUGUCAAUACAGUACGAAUUUCACCUUGUUGUGAACCCGCCUGGACGAUCGGAUUCAUAAACGCAACAACUACGUUAAAGACGUCAUGCCGAAGUAUUGCUCGGUAACCAACUGUAAAAAUGACAACAUUGACCGGAAAAGCUUCUACAAGUUCCCUCUGCAGGACCCGGAGCGGCUGCAGCUGUGGCUGAGCAACAUGGAACGGGAGAAUUGGACUCCCUCGCGACACCAGUACAUCUGCCACGAGCACUUUGCGCCAUCGUGCUUCAAAGUGCGCUGGGGGAUUCGUUACCUCGAGAGUGACGCCGUGCCCACCAUCUUCCAAAAGGCCAAGAAACGCAAAGCGAUGGAUGGAAGUGAGAAGAAAGUCAAGGUGCUUUGCGCUAACGCUAAUCAAAGCCUUGCGCUGUUAGAUGACAGGGCAGUAGCGCAGGUUGAUUUGUCAAAGCAGCAAGAGGCCAGUUUGGGGGAGUCUGGCGAAGGUGCAGAACCAAACACAUUGGAUGUGGUGGGGGAUUCAAAUGCAGCUGCAAACCUUCCGUUGACCCUAAUGCAGCCAGUCGAUGAUCACAAUAACAGCGAGGUGGUGCUGCUGUCUGGUGACAGCCAAGAGGAUCUGGUGGGCGAUAUCACCGCAGCUAUUCCCAACCCAGCCUAUAGACUUGUUUUCAAAGACCCGCCACCUGAAGAAAUCCCCACAGCAGAAUCAUGCGAUGUCCAACAAGGCCACGAAACACAAGUCAUCGCUUACUUUGAGACCAUACCAAACGUCCUCCCCAGCGACGUGUGCACCCACCCGCUCAUCUCCUCGGACAUGGUGCUGUCUUCCGCGCUGAGUCCCGAGCCCAUCGCGUCUACUCUUCCUAUCGUGUCCAAACACGCUCCACCGCCGCCACUUUCCAUCAGCUUGGAGGCAGACGGGGGUAACCAGCAGGAGGAUGCCGCCGUGGGUAGACAAGACCACCAGUUGGAGGAGCACUGUUACCACAAGCACCGUCUGAGCAAGGAGCAACUGGAGGCUAUUGUGGCCGAGCUGCAGAAGAAGGUGAAAGUUCUGCAGCAGCGGCACCGGCGCCACCUGGAGAAACUACUAGGCCUGGAGAGGACAGUGAGCCACCUGAGGCAAAGCAACCUGCUGACUGAGGAGCGACUGCAGCUUCUGGAGAGGACGAGUGCCGCCAUGUGCGACACUGGCGAGACCGUGGCCAUCAUUUACGAGGAAGACGACGCUGCCUACUUUUUACACUCGUCUGAUUGAUAGUGAGGAGAAGCCGUGAAGGUCACAUGUCUGCACACCUAGAUAACAUUUUAAUGAGAUGGCCAAAGAAAGAACACGCACACUACUGGGAGGUUGUUUUUUUUGAUAAUUGAUUGAAACGUGGGUAUCGGUUAAAGCUGUGAGAUUUGCACAAUUGUGUAUAAUAACUGGGGACAAUGUCAAAUGUUUUUUUAAGGUUUUCGCUUCCCUUUCGUUGCAAUAACUUUUUGUUUAAACUCUUAAUUAAAAACAACGCUCAUUCAGCGCCUUGCGUGUCAAUCUUGUUCUUCCUAGGCUGUUAAGAAUCUAAAGAUCAGAGAUUGAUUUCAUCAAACUGUGAAUAGGACAAGCAGGCAACUCAGAGUGCAGAGUAACUUCAACACUUUGAUUUUAAUCAUUUCCAACUAAUUCAGUAGAUGACAGAAAAAGGCAAUCAUCACACAAAGCUUAAUACAUUUCUAACACACUGCAGCCAACAGUUUAAAUACAUUUUGUAUUCUGUAAUAUUUAUAUUCUGUUCUGGCUGCAUGGUGACCGAGUGGUUAGC